GCACGCACGACGUUUGGCGCGCUUGUCCGAGCUGUUGGCGCCAGCGACACAAUUGACAGAGCGCCGUCCCUGCGAGCAGCGGUCCGUUUGCUGCGCUGCUAAUAUUUCAGUAAAUUUGUCAUUUGUCGCCGCUCGAACACCUCCGCGGACAUGACGAAGCUCUCCGAGGGCGCGAUAGAGGCUCUGUCAAGUGGCACCGGAGGCAACGACGCAGUGCUUCAGUUGGUGAACAUUCGCAAGAUUGAUGGGGGAAACGGUCCGGCUCGCUUUCGGGUGAUGAUGAGCGAUGGGAGGCACACGCUGUCCUCCUUCAUGCUCUCCACCCAGCUGAACUGCAUAGCAGAGGAAGGAAAACUGGCCCCAAACUGCGUCUGCUUGCUGAAGAGGCAUGUGACCAAUGUGCUAAAGGAUGGACGACGAGUGGUUAUCAUUCUGGAAAUUGAUGUCAUCAAGCCUGCUGAAGAUGUUGCUGGGAAAAUAGGAGACCCCACUCCCUACACAGAGGGUCAAACAAAAGGCCCACAGUCGGCCCCAGUCCCUGAUAACCGCCCUCCGCUGCAGCAUCAAAAUAAAAAUGAAGCAGUGAACAGAGGUUUCAAUAGAGACUUUGGGAAGAAGGCCCCAUCUGCUGUGCCCAGUACUCCAGGGGGCAGCUCCAAAGUUGUACCCAUUGCCAGCCUCAACCCUUACCAGUCCAAGUGGACCAUCCGUGCUCGUGUUACCAACAAGAGCUCCAUCCGAACAUGGAGCAACUCUCGCGGUGAUGGCAAACUCUUCUCCAUGGAGAUUGUGGACGAGAGCAGUGAGAUACGAGUGACUGGUUUCAACCAAGAGGUGGACAAGUUCUACAGCCUGAUUGAGACUGGCAAGGUCUACUACAUCUCCAAGGGCUCCCUGAAGAUCGCCAACAAACAGUACACAGCAGUGAAGAAUGAUUAUGAGAUGACGCUAAAUGGGGAGUCCACAGUCAUCCCCUGUGAGGACAGCUGUGAUGUUCCCAUGGUGCAGUGUGACUUUGUCUCUAUCGGCGACCUGGAGAGCAGAGAGAAGGAUGCCAUCAUCGAUGUGAUUGGAGUGUGCAAAAGUGUGGACGAUGUGACCCGCCUUACAACAAAGUCCAACAAGGAAGUGUCGAAAAGGACGCUCGAUCUGAUGGACAUGUCUGGGAAGGUGGUGACUGUCACUCUGUGGGGAGAGGAAGCAGAAAAGUUCAAUGGCUCUGGACAGCCCAUUCUGGCCAUCAAGGGGGCAAAGCUGUCAGACUAUGGUGGCCGGUCCCUCUCUGCAUCCUUCAGCAGCACCCUGAUGAUCAACCCAGACAUCCCUGAGGCAUAUAAACUCCGAGGCUGGUAUGACCAGGAGGGCCAUGCCAUGGACGGACAGUCUCUGACGGAGUUGAAAGGUGGCAGCGGGGGAGGGAACACCAACUGGAAGGCUCUGUCCGACAUUAAGACCGAGCACCUGGGGCAUGGAGACAAGGCAGACUACUACACCUGCAAAGCUACCAUUGUGUACCUGCGCAAGGAAAACUGCCUGUACCAGGCCUGCCCGAGCCAAGACUGCAACAAGAAAGUGGUAGACCAGCACAAUGGCAUGUUCCGCUGUGAAAAGUGUGACAAAGAGUUCCCCAACUUCAAGUACCGCCUCAUUCUGUCUGCAAACAUUGCAGAUCAUGCGGACAACCAGUGGGUGACUUGCUUCCAGGAGAGUGCAGAGGCCAUCUUGGGCCAGAAUGCAGAAUACCUUGGGCAGCUCAAGGAAUCGAAUGAAACUGCCUUCGAUGAGGUCUUCCAACAAGCCAACUUCAACACGUUUGUCUUCCGCAACAGAGUGAAGCUAGAAACGUAUAACGAUGAAUCCAGAAUCAAAGCCACAGUGAUGGAGGUGAAGCCAGUUGACCAUAAGGACUACUGCAAGAGGUUGAUCAUAAACAUAAGGAAACAUGCUUCCCAGUAGGAAGCUGUGAUCGGUUCCAUCUCUGCUUGCUUUUGGAAGUUUUCCUUUCUUUCUGUACAGCCAACAAACAGCUCUAAACAUAUUACAGAUAUUUGCUUAUGAAGCUUUGGUGUUUAAUUUUUUUUUAUGAAUUUACCUCCUUAAGUAAUGGAGUAAAUGUUCACCUUUCCUUUGUGAGAUAAUGAUUUGUGGGCUGAUUUCUUUUUGUUUGGGGUGAACAUAAUAGACGAGCAGCAUUUGUUUCUUCUCUUUCUGUUAUUUGGGGAGGCCGAGCAGAGAGUGGGUCAGUAAGCCACAAAAGAAAUCAUCACCGUGUCUGUCUUAAGUCGGCCAGUUGUUCCUGCUUAUGCUGUGGUCACGUGGGGGCGUGGGCUGCUGUAAGCAGAAGACCAGCACGGCUGCUAGCACUCGUUUCACCCUCUGACGCGCACUCAGAAUGACUGGCCCGGACCUGCACAUCCCUGAUAAGACAGUUCACGCUCCCACACUUUUUCUUCAUUUUCUUCCUUCGUUCUCACAUACUUGCAAACAUAAGCACAUACACAGUACAAAUAUAAUGGGAAAUGUGCUGCAUCCUGUUUACGUAGGUACCAGAUGUAUUGUCAAUGCCUCUUACUGUUAUGUGAGUUCUGUAGUUCUUUUCCCAAAUAUCAGAAUAAAAAUGUUUGUAACAAA